AUGCUGCGCGAAGAAGGAUUGGCCGAGGGCCAUGACGCGCAACCCACCGGCAAGUUCUGGUCCAUGGUCGGCGGCUUAUCGGGCGGGGCGAUGGGCUUCAUCGUGGCGAAUUUCCCCGGCGCGCUCGCUGGAGCGGUGGCGGGGAACCGCUUGGGUGCCGUCCGCGAUGCGAGGGGGAAGUCGGUGUACGCCGUCUUUCAGGAGUUGCCGCAGGCGGAUAAGGCGAGGCUGUUGAGUGAGUUGGCCGGCAAGGUCUUUACUACUGUGACUAGCGGGGCGACGUAG